UUAGUGUGGAAAAAGUCAACAAUAAUGAAACAGAUAAGCUUAUCAAACGUAUUAGAUAUUCCAGUGAUACUCCCUUACCUUCAAAUAUUCUAUCAAAUCAAAAGGAAACUGACAAUAAGCAUUAG